AUGGCAAUCCCCAAAUCUGUCCCUGCCACAAUGAAGGCUGUCCUUCUCACUGGCAUCGGCGGAACUGAGAAGCUCCAGUACAUUGGCUCGCAGCCUACACCUAAACCCACCGAUGGCCAACUACUAGUAGGAGACAGAGUGGUCUGGGCAGGCCAAGCCGGAUAUGCUGAGUUCACCAUUGCCCCUGCUGUGCGGGCAAUCCGAGUCCCUCCAGAAAUUCCCGACAAGGACGCCCUUGGGAGCCACCUGGCCGGCAUGACCGCUCUCAGUCUCGUCAAAGAAGCAUUCCCGGCCUCAGCUUCUGAUGGGCCUGGAUGGGUCCAAAAAGUGAUGCAACUCACCGAUAAUCAAGGCGUUGACGCGGUCUAUGACAGCGUCGGAAGAGACACCUGGAAAGGCAGCAUCGAAGUCACGAAGCGGAAAGGCAAGGCAAGGUUGUAUUUUACGGAAGUGCAAGUGAGCGGGCCAGUUCCUCCUUUGGAUCUUUCCUUGAUCCGUGCCAAAAAUCUGUCGGUUAUCCAGCCAACGCUGCCCAUGUAUAUUGCUACAAGGAAGGAGUUGGAGUUUUACGCUCAUGGGGUGUUUGAUUUACUGAAACAAGGCAAGCUCAAAGUGAAGACUACGAGACUUUAUAGUUUAGAAGAGGUUGCACAGGCACACAAAGACAUGAAGGCCAGGGUCACGAACGGAAAGCUCUUACUCAAGCUGUAG